AUGGCUGCAAACACAAAAGGCUGGGAGAAGAUCUUCAAAGAUGACCAGUUUGUCAAGCAGUACAAAACCGGCGAACAUAUUACUGGUCGAUUUGCCCGGAUUCUUCUCGAUCAGAGUGGCUUGCUCACCAAUUCUUCUCCCGAUACUUCGCUCAUAGUGUUCGACAAUGCGUGUGGUACUGGUGUCGUUUCUAGUAUCUUGCAAAGUGAGCUUGAUGAUCAAGUCAAACGCAAAAUGCAAUUGACCUGCGGAGACAUCUCACCGGGGAUGUUGGAAUACGCCAAAGCCCGGGCAGAUGAGGAGGGUUGGCAAAACGCGCGUUUUGAGAUCAUCGAUGCGCAGCAGUCCGGACUUCCCUCGUCGCACUUUACCCACGUUAUUGCUUCGUUUGUGCUUAUUCUGCCUGGUGCGCUUCUAGUUUACAUGGCGCUUCCAAAGUCACUGGCAGCUCUUGAUGAUGCUACCAGAAUCCUGCGGCCCGGGGGCACUCUAGCAUUUUCGACUUGGAUACAGCCCGGAUGGCUCUCCGUCAUGCAGAAAGGUAUCGAGACAAUUCCAGGGAAUCUUCCAUUUCCCAGUGCCUCGCAAUUUCUCGCGGCCUUGAAUGGUGAGAAGUGGAACUCAAUUGAAUGGAUCGUCUCAGAGUUGGAAAAACGAGGCUACCAGGACGUCAACGUGCGCCCUGUCACUGACAAAUUAUCACUCAACGUGUCUGAUUUCGAGAACAUGAGCAUGACCAUGUUUCCAAUGGUGACCAAGGCCUUCUGGACUGAAGAACAGCGAAAGUACAGUCUCGACGAGGUUCGCCUUGCAUUGAGAAAUUACCUACAGAACACUUAUGGGCACGAAGGAGACAUUCCAAUGCAGUGGACUGCGAUUAUGGCGACAGCUCGCAAGCCCAAUUAG